CCCCCCACCCCCCCCCGGGAGCUCAUGGAAGUAUGAAGGAGAUGGUAGGAGGUUGUUGCGUGUGUUCGGACGAGCGGGGCUGGGCGGAGAAUCCGUUAGUCUACUGCGAUGGACACGCGUGUAGCGUCGCUGUCCAUCAAGCUUGCUAUGGCAUCGUCCAGGUGCCCACCGGACCCUGGUUCUGCCGGAAAUGUGAGUCACAGGAGCGAGCCGCCAGGGUGAGGUGUGAACUGUGCCCACACAAAGAUGGGGCAUUGAAGAGGACGGACAAUGGAGGCUGGGCCCAUGUGGUGUGUGCCCUCUACAUCCCCGAGGUACAAUUUGCCAAUGUGCUCACCAUGGAACCCAUUGUCCUACAGUAUGUCCCCCACGACCGAUUCAACAAGACUUGUUACAUCUGUGAGGAGCAGGGCCGGGAGAGCAAGGCAGCCUCAGGAGCCUGCAUGACCUGUAACCGACAUGGCUGUCGCCAAGCCUUCCAUGUCACCUGUGCUCAGAUGGCUGGUCUGCUAUGUGAGGAAGAGGUCUUAGAAGUGGACAACGUCAAAUACUGUGGCUACUGCAAAUACCACUUCAGCAAGAUGCCAGCAAAUUCCCCUCCACCACUCCACCAGAAGCCAUCGAGGCACUCCAGUGGGGGAUCGGGGGGUGGCAACAGCGGCUUCAUCGCUGGCCGGAGAAGCCAAUCAGCCUCACCGUCCUCUCAGGAAAAGCAUGGCUCCCACCAUGAGAGAGGCCCAAAGAAGAGUCGUAAGGACAAGGAUCGGAUUAAACAGAAGCACAAGAAGAGGCCUGAGUCUCCCCCCAGAAUCCUCACUCCCCCUGUGCCCCCCGUCACUGACAAGGGCUCCUCCUCCUCUUCCUCCUCCUCUCACCAUGAGGGCAGCGCCCGGGAGCCCCCUGAGGGCAGCAGGGAUGCCAAAGGGAAAAAGUCUUCCAGCCACAGCCUCAGCCAUAAGGGCAAGAAGCUGAGCAGUGGGAAAGGUGUGGCCAGCUUCACCUCUGCCUCCUCUUCUUCCUCCUCCUCUUCUUCUGGAGGACCCUUCCAGCCCACAGUCUCCUCCCUCCAAAGCUCCCCAGACUUCUCAUCUUUUCCCAAACUGGAGCAGCCUGAGGAGGAGAAGUACCCUAAGACAACGCCCCCUGGGCCACCACCCCCUGUCUCACCCCCUGCCUCUGAGCCCCCCAAGGCUGAUGUCUUUGAGCAGAAGGUGGUGUUUUCUGGCUUUGGCUCCAUCAUGCGCUUCUCCACAUCUGCUUCGGGCACAGCUCGGGCCCGGGUGCCAUCUCCAGGAGAGUACAAGGCUCCCCACAUCCCCGGGGGAGGCACUGGGCCUGGCAGCCACAAGAGGAUGCCCUCACUGAGCGCUGCCUCAGAGGAGGUGGUUGAGGGCCUGAAGGAGAAGAAACAUAAAGGGAGCAAGAAGAAUCGACAUGGGCCUGGGAGGCCCAAGGGGAGUAGGAACAAGGAGGGGGUGGGAGGGCCCUUGGCACCAUCCCUCCCUGGGGCCCAGCUGGCUGGCUUCACGGCCACAGCAGCCUCACCCUUCUCAGGAGGUUCACUGGUCAGUUCCGGUGUGAACAAUGCCUCUGCUUCCCGGGCCUUUGGACACCAAGCAGCCCUGCCCAGCCUUAGCCUUGAGUCUCCACUACUUGGGGCAGGGAUCUACACCAGUAACAAGGACCCCAUCUCGCACGGUGGUGGGGUCCUUCGGGCUGUGUGCAGCACACCCCUCUCCUCCAGCCUCUUGGGCCCUGCAGGCACCUCAUCUCUGCCCCAGCUCAGCCGGUCCCCCUUCGCCAGCACCCUCCCUGCCUCCUCUGCCUCCAUCUCCACCACGCAGGUAUUUUCUUUGGCUGGCUCUACCUUCAGCCUUCCUUCUUCCCACAUCUUUGGUACCCCCAUGGGCUCCGUUAACCCGCUUCUCACCCAGGCAGAGAACAGCCGAACAGAGCCCAGCCUGGAGGACUGCAGCUUCGGGUGUCGGGGCACCUCUCCCCAAGAGAGCCUGUCAUCCAUGUCACCCAUCAGCAGCCUCCCCACGCUCUUCGACCAGACAGCACCCUCCGCCCCAUGUGCCAGCAGCCAGCUGGAUCCAGCAGCCCAGGGCACCGCCAACAUGGAGCAGCUGCUGGAGAAGCAGGGCAACGGCGAGGCCGGAGUCAAUAUUGUGGAAAUGCUGAAAGCCCUGCACUCGCUGCAGAAGGAGAACCAGAGACUUCAGGAACAGAUCAUGAGCCUAACAGCAAAGAAGGAACGACUCCAGAUCCUCAACGUGCAGCUCUCAGUACCCUUCCCUGUGGUACCUGCUGGGGUGCCCACUGCCAAUGGGCCCACCCCUCAGGGUCCCUACUGCCUGCCACCCAAUGCUGGCAGCAGUGACUCCCUAAGCACCAGCAAAAGCCCUCCCGGCAAGAACAGCUUUGGCCUGGAGAAUUCCCUCUCCAUGUCUUCUGAGGGGCCCCUGGGCGGUGCCCACAUCCAACUUGGCCUCCAUCACUGUGGACAGCCUGCCAGUUUGGCACAGGUUCUCCCCUCCCCUCCCCCUAUCCUGGGGGGAAGCAGCUGGCUUGAUGGAGCCAAUGGUGGUGGAGCAUUCUUCAAGGACCCUCACUCUGGGUGCCCAAGCCGAAGCAGCUCCUCACUAUCCUUCCACAGCACACCUCCACCCCUGCCCCUCCUGCAGCAGAGUCCAGCUGCCUUGCCCCUGGCCCUGCCUGGCCCCCCAGCCCCUCAGCAGCCACAGUCACAAAAUGGGCUGGGCCGAGGAGCUGGAGGAGUUGGUUUAGGAACUGUAUCCAUGGCUGAUGGCCUUCUUGGAGGUCUGGCAGGGGGAGGGACACUGCCCCUCAAUGGACUUUUGGGCGGGCUUAAUGGGGCUGUGGCCCCACCAACACCUACUGGCCUAAACCAGGGCAGCGGAACACCUACAAUGCAACUCCCAGGGGGCCUCAGCAGCCUAACAGAACAGCAGAGACACUUCUUCCAGCAACAGGAACAGCAGCUCCAGCAGCUCCAGCAGCUUCUGACCUCGCCCCAGCUGACCCCGGACCACCAGACUGUCGUGUACCAGAUGAUCCAGCAGAUCCAGCAGAAGCGGGAGCUGCAACGGUUGCAGAUGUCUGGAGGCUCCCAGCUCCCCAUGGCCAGCCUGCUGGCGGGCGGCACAGCCCCUCUGCUGCCCUCGGCAGCUGCCCCACCCCUGCUGCCCGCGCUGGGCACUGGCACCACCCUCAUGGCGGCGGCGGCAGGCGGGCCCCCUGUCCUCACCGCCCAGACCAACCCCUUCCUCAGCCUCCCCGGGGCGGACAACAGCGGGCAGAAAGGAGGGGUGGGUACCGUGCCCUCUGGGGUCCCCUCUCACCCUUUCCCCCCUGGCACUCUGGAGGGUCGAGUUGUAGCCACAGCAGAAGGAAGCAGGAAGAAAAAGCCAGCAGGGUAGAGAGGUGCCAGCCCAGUGGUCACCAGUCUAGGCCUGGCCCAGGUGGGCUCUGAGGUUGGAGCUUCUCCUCCCUCUUUUCACAGCUCACAUUUGGGGUCACAGUCCCCCUUGCUCCUGCUCCAGAGGAGAUCUUGGGUGCUUCUCUGUGGAGUCACAGAUCAGCCCAGCUUUCUCUGACUAGAGGCUGGGUGGUUAAAGGGUAUCAAAGGGAUUGUGGCAGGAAAGUGGACCAGGGUGCAAGAGGAGGUGGAAGUCACCUCCUGCUAACGCCCCAGUCUUGUCUCCUCUCCUCUCCUUCCAGAGCGGUGACAAAGGAUCCUCAUGCAACCAGGAAAAAGGCUAAACCAACCCCUCCCCCUCCCCGCCCCAGGGGGGCUUCAGGGGAAGCCCGGCCCCAGAGGGGGCCCAGCCGCGAGCAGGCGCCUGUGCUCAGACACUGGAAAGCCCUGGCAUAAAGGAGGUGGAAAUGGGUCUCACCCAUCCCAUGCUGAGAUCCUGCCACCAGCCUGGCCAAAGGACUAAGCAGGGUUUUUAUCGGGGGGGGGGAGCCCAGAGAGAGAUGGGGCAGAGACAUGAGUCUGUCGCUCCUCCCUCAGUCAGGAGGUUCAGCUCCAACUUAUCCGUAUCCUUUGCAAUUUUAAUAUUUUGAGGCCAGCCCCUCUUCUUCUCUCCUCCCCAUCACCCCUCUCCAUCCCUCCACAUCCCACUUGCCUCUUGGCUAGGGAUCUAGAAGGAGAGGAUAGUCAACUCUGACUCCUGCUGAGGGACACACCCUAUCUACCCCUGGGCUGGCACAGGGAAUGGAGUGAUGGAGUGGUUGCCUGGCGUGAGGAUCAAGGUGGGCAGGUGGGGAUAAUGGCUGUGUUGCUUCUAGCAAACACAAUAGGAUGGCACUUGAGUGGUUUUAGUAGUUGUGGUGAUGAUGGGGUUAGAUGCUGCCUCCCCUCCCCUCCUAUCCCCCCCACCCCCACCUCUCUGGCCUUCUGCCUGAAGGCCGAAGCUCUGUUAAUGGCAGGGGAUACCCAGCCCCUAGCCCCACUGUUUCUAGGCACCAUGGGGGAAGGGAGGUGAGCUUGGGGUUUUCCAUCUUAAUAACGUCAAACGUAGCCCAGCUCACUUCCUUCCACCCAGCCACACCUACUGGAGGGUUCCUCCUGGGGGGAUGGAUGGAAGGGGUUGUGUGUGUGGCUUGGCCCCAUCUAUCCAUCCCACCCACCCCAUACUUCUUUGCACUAUUAGAACCUAUCAGUGGGGGGUGUGCUAUGACAGUGCUGGAGGGCUGGGUCUGUGAGUGAGUAUCAGUAUGUAUGUGUGUGUUCGGGUGUGUGCACCACUGGACCCUGAGUACAUGGGGUAAGAAUGGGCAUUGGAGGAGGGUGGGGAGAGUCAGGUGAUAGUAGAGAAAGAGUGCAUGGUGAGGAGGAGAGAAUUUUCUAUUCCUGAUCAGUUAAGACAGCAGUUAAAGAGACCUUGGCCCCUAGGCCAUGUCUCCCUCUAGCCAACCUUGGCAUUUUUGGGGGCAAGUGAGAUGUUAAUAAUCAAAAAACACUCCAAUUUGGAAAGUGACAAGAGGCUAGAGUCUUCAAAUCAGGGUAACUGCUGUCUUUCUCUUUCGUAUGUGAGCACUUCAUCACCUACCCCAGGACCUCAGCACUCCCUCUCUUUCUGAAAACCCCUUCCCCCAAGGUGCUCAACUCAGAGCAUCUUCCCCCUGCUCUUCUUCCCCCACCCCCCAUCAUACACACAAACACACACAUAUACUAGCACAUAAACACAUAUUAGCACAUACACGCACAUACCUGAGGUGGUAGGAGGCUAGGGUCAGCUGCAAUCCGCUCAUUCUAUCUAGCUUGUCCUAGCCUCUUUGCCCUCUCCUUAGGCCUAGGGGAGCCCCCAGGAAUCAGGGCUGGGGAAGGGAAGCAAACUGCCCCUUUCCUUCCCUGUACUAAAAAGCCUGCCCUCCCCUUAGGAGGAAGCCAAUACUAACCUGCUGCCCCUCUACCUACCAGCUAUUCCUCUGGGGUGGGUGGCCAAGAGGCUUUCCUCCUACUCCUCCCAGAAAACCAAGGACAGGAUGACUUUUGGGGUGUUUUUGUGGGGGACAUGGAAGUUAAAGAUGUAUGUUUUAGUUGCACUGGGGUGGGGGGUGUGCAUCACAGAGGUGGCAUUGGGAAGGGGAGAGAGUCAGAGAGAGAGCCUUUCACACCCAUCCAAAUACGUGUGCUUUGUCAGUCUCUUUUUGCAUGUGUGGUUUCUGUGUUUCUGUUUUGGGGUUUUGUUUUGUUUUGUUUUGUUUUUUAAAUAAAGAAGAGGAGAUGUAUAUAUUUUUGGCAAUGA